UGGGCUGUGGUUGAGCGGUGCUGCUCUGCGCAAGAGUGGCAGCUCCGACGCUGGGACCAUGGUAUUCUACUUCACCAGCUGCAGCGAUAAUUCCUCUACUUAUACCAUUUACAUGGGAAAAGAUAAAUAUGAAAAUGAAGAUCUAAUAAAGUAUGGCUGGCCUGAAGAUAUUUGGUUUCAUGUGGACAAACUCUCUUCGGCUCAUGUAUACCUUCGAUUACAUAAGGGGGAAAAGAUUGAAGACAUUCCAAAGGAAGUGCUGCUGGACUGUGCCCACCUUGUAAAGGCCAAUAGUAUUCAAGGCUGCAAGAUGAACAACGUUAAUGUGGUAUAUACUCCGUGGUCUAACCUGAAGAAAACAGCUGACAUGGAUGUGGGACAGAUAGGCUUUCACAGGCAAAAGGAUGUAAAAAUUGUGACAGUGGAGAAGAAAGUGAAUGAAAUAUUGAACCGAUUAGAAAAGACCAAAAUGGAGAGGUUCCCAGACCUCGCAGCAGAGAAAGAAUGCAGAGACCGUGAAGAGAGAAAUGAAAAGAAAGCCCAAAUUCAGGAAAUGAAAAAGAAAGAGAAAGAAGAAAUGAAGAAGAAGAGGGAAAUGGAUGAACUUAGGAGCUAUUCAUCACUAAUGAAAGUUGAAAAUAUGUCUUCAAAUCAGGAUGGCAAUGAUUCAGAUGAAUUCAUGUGACUGGAGAAAAGGACCUUUCAAAGAUGUGAAUUUAGGGACAAAUGCAGACAUUUUUAUUUCAGCUAUGUUCUGAAUUACAAAAAGCAAACAACCAAAAUUCUACUUUCAUUUUACACAAAUAUUAAUUUUGGAGACUUAAAAAAAAAAAGGUCUUUUGCUGACAGAAAAGGAUCAGAUAUAACACAGUUGAAGUUAACAGCAUAUUAACUUUAGGAAAGGGAAAAUAUGUUUGUCAGAAUAUGUAUUGGUAUCUCCUGAAAGUUGGCUGUCCUUAUUUUUUAGCUUUAUAAAGAACCACCUCUGAGAAAUACUUUACUUGGUCUGUCCCUGAGAGAUGAUGUCCUAGCAGCUUUUCAUAUUCUUAAAAUAUCUU